GAAAUGUUCCGGGUAUACACUAUUAACCAUUGACCUUUGACCGUCUCACCUCAGAAUCAUUUCAUUAUGAAUUUGCUCACGUCUUCUUCUGUUUACUUAUUAGCUACUGCUGGAGUAGUCUAAUUCACUCGAUGAAUCCAGAUCAGUUGUAAGCAUAGCGUAUGGCGGCUAGCGUUUCCAACGCGUUUUCUGAUCUCUUUUACGGUAAUCCGUUCAGCACACCAGUGGGAAGUCUCAUCGAGGAAUCCACCGAAUCCUUCGUUGGUCCGGAACUAUGGCAGCUGUUCACCCAAGUCUGCGAUGCUGUCAAUCAUUCGGUCACUGGACCCAAAGAUGCGGUUCGCGCCAUUCGACGUCGUUUCGUUACUAGCGUCACUUCCAACGAGACAGUGGCGAUGCAUAGCCUUUUGCUUUUGGAAACUUGUGUACGGAAUUGUGGUUACCGGUUUCAUGUAGCCUUUGCUACGCGAGACAACUUGAGGGAUUUUGCGAAGUUUGCCUAUCCCGACGCGGAGGGCGUCCCGGAACCAAUCAAGCACAAGCUAUUGUCUUUGAUUCAGGACUGGUCUUCGGAAUUCGGGACACAGGUCGAUUUCCAGGAGUUUCGAAACGUAUACACUGAGCUUCGCGCGCGUGGAGUGUUGUUCCCCUCACCAACGCAAACAAGGUCCCAUACAGAAUCCAACUCUCCGCUAAAACUUCCUCCUGAAAACAAAUUGCAAGCCAGUCCACCCUCCCAAUUGGCAUCGACCGUUGGUCACCCGGACGGGCAAACCGGAUCCCUUUCCACCCAAAGCGUUCUUUCUUCCUCGGUGUCGACACCCGCACAUAAAACACCGAAGCUGGACACAGAUCUCGCGCAAGUUCGGGUCAAUAUCUGUGUACUCAGUGACUUAGUCAGUGAGGCUGAGACAUCUGAGUCACCUGCAGAUGUGGAGACCAGGCAGUUGAUGUCUGAAAUCGCCGCUUCCCUCCAAGAAAUGUCCACUCGCCUAAUUCAGGCCAUCUCCUGCUGGGAAGCCUAUCAGGAGACGUUACCUCAUCGCGGAACCACGGAUGCGGUUCUUCUCGAUAUGAUCAACGUAAAUGACGAACUGCACACAGUGUUACUUCGCUACAGCAGAGCUGUUGGGGCCAGAGAUAUGCUAAACAGUUAUACAAAAACAGACGCACUUCCACAAAAUACCAAUGGAUCCUCUGCACUCGGUGUGGAUUCGAACGCCGAAUUUGGUUUGUUUGUUGGCGAUCGGUCAUCUGGUACUCCUCGAACGUCACCCACAGCAGAACAAGACGAAGCCGAUGAGGUUCCCUUACUGGCUCCGUCAACCGAACGGCAAUCAAGUGAUACAGCGAAGGACUUAAGCUUAAUUGACUUUUAGGGUUUGUACCUGUUCAUUUUCACGCUGUCUAUGUGAUGUCACCAAUCCCCCGUGUCAUCUGUCAUCACCCCCUCCCACAAUCCUUUCUCAAGCUCAUGUGAUAUGUGCUGUGCCCAUUGCAAAUUGUCACUUUUUUGCUUUAAUCAUCGUUUCCCAUAAGUUCUUUCACCUAUGAAAAAAGCGUUCCAGAACUUCAUUUGGCCUUUUUCGGUAAUUGAAGAUUAUCGCACAACGACUUUAUCUCUCAUCUAUCCUUUAUCCCGACGUCCAUUUGUUCACAUGGCUUUUCUGUUAUGUCAUACUGUUGUCUGGCUUUACUGUUACUUGUGUGGAAACCCAGCAUUCCAAAAGCAUACCAAAAACACAC